AGAUCGGAUAAAAUUCCAAAAAAGUUCUUCGUAUGUAACUUCUUCCGUUCUUCCCAUUCUCUCAAUAGUCCACGGACAUAACUUUCACACGGUCAUGCCACAUCAUCACCGCGCCUCCACAACAAGCCGUUCUGCCUCCACGACAGCAUCUUAAAUCUCGUCUCUUAAGCCGUUUGUCACAUCUGGGAUCUCAUUUGUAUAUUUGCUGCUCCAUCUCAUCUCAUUGAGUAUCUGUGGGUGAUGGAGAGUGUGGUGGUGCACAGCAUAGUACCCCCUCUUAUGUGGCUGCCACCCCAUGACUCUAAAGGAGCCUCUUUCGUUAAAACUACAAAUGUAACAAAAAUUUCCAGUAGCGCUACACGACUGCAUCAUUCCCAAUCCCACCACACCUAUUCACAAAAAGGACUCAUCAUCGGUCUAAGAAGCUAUAACUAUUUAGGCCAUUCACGUUCCUCACUCCAUUGCAAUGUUUCUGAUCCACCUUCUUGCAGCAAUGAGGCAACAACAAAGGAAUGGGCUAUGCAAGAUUUUUAUACAUUAAGAAAGGAAGUUGAGGUUACUUCAACCCGGGUUGAAGAAAUUAGGGCUGCGGCUGGGCUGCAGCAACGGGAAGAGGUCAUUGCAUCCCUAGAAGCUGCAGCAGCAGAUGGCUCUCUCUGGGACGAUCAUGCCAAAGCUCAACAAACGCUUCAGGCCUUGACUGAUUGCAAAGAGAAAUUGAAACUUCUAGAUGAUUUCAUGUCACAGGUUGGUGAUGCCGAAAUGAUAAUAAAGCUUACGGAGGAAAUGGAAUCUAUUGAUACAGGGCUUCUUGAAGAAGCUUCUGGUAUUAUUAAGGGAUUGAAUAAAGCAAUGGAUCAUUUUGAGUUGACUCAGCUUCUCUCUGGUCCCUAUGAUAAAGAAGGCGCUGUUGUUACCAUUACAGCGGGUGCAGGGGGCACUGAUGCACAGUGCAGGACUGGGCUGAGAUGCUUCUCAGGAUGUAUGUGAGAUGGGGAGAGAAGCAGCGCUACAAAGCCAAAGUAGUCGAGCAGUCACCUGGAGAAGAGGCUGGGAUUAAGUCUGCUACAAUUGAAUUUGAUGGUCGAUAUGCAUACGGUUAUUUGUCUGGAGAGAAAGGAACCCACCGUAUUGUACGGCAAUCUCCUUUCAAUUCCAAAGGGCUACGUCAGACAAGCUUCUCUGGUGUAGAGGUAAUGCCUCUUCUCCCUGAAGACUCAACUGAUGUUGAAAUACCAGUUGAAGACCUGGAAAUCACUUUUACCAGAGCAGGUGGGAAAGGAGGUCAAAAUGUUAACAAGGUUGAAACAGCAGUCCGCAUCACUCAUGUCCCCACCGGUGUAACCGUCCGCUGCACAGAGGAGAGAUCGCAACUAGCAAACAAGACAAGGGCGAUGCACCGAUUGAAAGCGAAGCUAUUAGUGAUAGCAGAGGAGCAAAGAGCAUCUGAAAUAAAGCAAAUAAGAGGGGAUGCAGUGAAGGCAGAGUGGGGCCAACAAAUACGGAACUACGUGUUCCAUCCAUACAAGUUAGUGAAAGAUGUAAGGACCGGCUUUGAAACUUCAGACAUAAUGUCUGUAAUGGAUGGGGAGCUGGAUCCUUUCAUUAAAUCCUUUCUCAAAUACAAGUACACCGCAUCAAUGUCAUCUGCUGGAGAAUAAUACUCUUCAAGUUUCAGUAUAAUCUAUUGGUAUAUUAAAAGACUGAUGGUUGCCUUUUGCUGCUGAAACCUCAGAAAAAUGGACACAUCUCAGCGGUCAAACUAAAAUCAGAACAAUUAAAUUACAAUGUCAAAUAUCAUCUGUUUAGGUUUUGAUUCAACAGUUGAGAUGCUCAAUGUAUAUUUGAAUGUGGGAAAUCUGGGGGGAGUUGAAUGUCAAUUAUUAUUUUGGUUUUCUCUUGUCUGUUUUUUGAUAACCACCGUGAAUCCCGUGACUAAUCUCAAUCCAUUUUCUUUGGCCCUUUAGGCA